CAGUCCCCCCAGGGAGCCAGUGUGUGUGGAGAGGUGGGCUCGGUGAGGCACCCCUAAACCUCCCACCCGAUCCCUGACACGAGUGGCAUGAACUUGGAGCCAGGCGAGUGCGGGAUGAACUCGGUGAGCUGUGGCAACGGGAAACUCCGCCAAUGGCUGAUCGACCAGAUAGACAGCGGCAAGUACCCGGGGCUGGUGUGGGAGAAUGAUGAGAAGAGCAUCUUCCGCAUCCCCUGGAAGCAUGCUGGCAAGCAGGACUACAACCGUGAGGAGGAUGCUGCCCUCUUCAAGGCUUGGGCUCUUUUUAAAGGAAAGUUCAGAGAGGGCAUUGAUAAACCAGAUCCCCCUACCUGGAAGACAAGAUUAAGGUGUGCUUUGAACAAGAGCAAUGACUUUGAAGAACUGGUGGAGAGAAGCCAGCUGGACAUCUCAGAUCCCUAUAAAGUGUACAGAAUAGUGCCAGAAGGAGCUAAAAAAGGUGCAAAACAGAUCAGCAUGGAGGAGCAACCGUUAAUGAUGAACCACCCCUUUCCAAUACCAUCUCCUUACACUUCACUCCCAUCUCAGGUACCAAACUACAUGGUGCCCCACGAGCGGAACUGGAGGGAGUUUGCCCCAGAGCAGCCGCAUCCUGACAUCCCCUACCAGUGUGCCAGCGUCCCCUUCGCAGCUCGCAGUCAUCACUGGCAAGGGCCCGGCUGUGAAAAUGGUUGUCAGGUGACAGGAACCUUUUAUGCUUGUGCCCCUCCUGAGUCUCAGACUCCUGGCAUCCCGAUUGAGCCAAGCAUAAGGUCUGGUGAAGCCCUCGCCUUGUCAGAUUGCCGACUCCACAUCUGCUUAUAUUACCGUGAAAUACUGGUAAAGGAGGUGACAACUUCUAGUCCUGAAGGCUGUAGGAUAUCCCAUGGCCAAAGUUACGAGGUCAGCAGCCUGGACCAAGUUAUCUUCCCUUAUCCAGAGGAUAAUGGCCAGAGGAAGAACAUAGAAAAGCUACUGAACCACCUGGAACGAGGAGUAAUACUGUGGAUGGCACCUGAUGGCCUCUACGCUAAGAGACUUUGCCAGAGCAGGAUCUACUGGGAUGGGCCUCUGGCGCUUUGCAGUGACAGACCCAACAAGCUGGAGAGGGACCAAACAUGCAAGCUCUUUGAUACUCAGCAGUUUCUAGCAGAGCUGCAAGCCUUUGCUCACCAUGGACGUCCACUGCCGAGAUACCAGGUUGCUCUGUGCUUUGGGGAGGAAUUUCCAGAUCCGCAGAGGCAGAGGAAGCUAAUUACAGCCCAUGUUGAACCAAUGUUUGCCAGGCAGCUGUAUUACUUUGCUCAACAAAACAGUGGACAUCUUCUGAGAGGCUAUGAUUUACCAGAACUUGUGACUAGUCCAGAGGAUUAUCACAGAUCUAUUCGCCAUUCCUCUAUUCAAGAAUAA